AUUCUGUGAAAAAAAAAAGAGGAAGAAAUAUGCAAGUCAGUGUGAAAUUUAAACAGCAGCACAUUUGAACUUGGACAAGUUGAACAGUUUAAACCCUCGGAGUUGCUCCUCUUAUUUCUGGUUUUCUCUCUCUGGAUGCAGGAGAUGAACAUCUCUUAAUGAGGUAGCAGUGAUGACGUCACUCGGAUUGACUCCUCCCCUUUCUCUGCUGUUUCUGCUCAUGGUUUCAGGAGGUGUUGUUUCUCAGCAGUGGGCUGUGUUUUACACACCGAGCUCCAUCUGUGCUGGAAAGGGAUCUACAGUGACUCUGGGCUGCACAUACACAUAUCCAACAUAUUCAACAUAUUCAACAUAUGGACCUCGGUCUAAAGUUGAGAAAGCUUUCUGGAGCAGAGAACGGGUUCAAAGCGGUAAAGAGCCUCCUGAUCUGUCUUCAGACCCAGAGUACAGAGACAGGGUUCAGUACCUCGGAGACAAACAGAGUGACUGCCGUCUCAGACUGCGUGAUGUGAGAGAACAGGACCAAGGCACAUACUACUUCAGAUUCAUAACAAACAUAUCUGGUGGAAAGUUUCAAGGUACAGAUGGAGUUGAACUUUCUGUCAGAGCCUCAGAGCUUCAGGUGGAGAUGAGUCCUGAUGAAGUGGUUGAGGGAAAGACAGUCACUCUCACAUGUAAAAUCACCUGCAGCCCGACUGUCUCCUGGUACAAAAGUAGAAAUCUUUUAUCCUCCUCCUCUAACCCUCUCCAUCUGUGGUCAGUCAGUCAGUGGGAUUCAGGUGAUUACAGCUGUGCUGCACAGGGAGAAGAUUAUCGCUCCCCUGCUGUCACUCUUGAUGUCCAAUAUCCUCCAAAGAGUGUCUCCGUGUCCAUCAGUCCCUCUGGUGAGACGGUGGAGGGCAGUUCAGUGACUCUGACCUGCAGCAGUGAUGCGAACCCACCUGUGGAGACCUACAGCUGGUAUAAGGGAAGAUCGUAUAGAGGAAGAGGAGAAAACUACACCAUCGACAGUAUCAGCUCUGAGGACAGUGGAGAGUACAAGUGCUCGGCUAAAAAUAAACAUGGAACUCGGUAUUCUCCUGCUGUGUCUCUGAAUGUCCUGUAUCCUCCAAAAAGUGUCUCCGUGUCCAUCAGUCCCUCUGGUGAGAUGGUGGAGGGCAGUUCAGUGACUCUGACCUGCAGCAGUGAUGCGAACCCACCUGUGGAGUUUAACUGGUUUAAAGGAAGAUCAUUGAAAAGCAAAGAAAAAAUCUACACCAUUAGAAAGAUCAGCUCUGAGGACCGUGGAGAGUACAAGUGCAAGUCCAGCAAUCAAUACGGAGAGAAAUAUUCUGAUGAAAUGACAGUAAAUGUUUUGUAUCCUCCUAAGAACGUCUCCGUGUCCAUCAGUCCCUCUGGUGAGAUGGUGGAGGGCAGUUCAGUGACUCUGACCUGCAGCAGUGAUGCGAACCCACCUGUGGAGACCUACAGCUGGUAUAAGGUGAAUGAAAGCUCACCUGUAGGAUCUGGACAGAGUUACAGCUUCACGUUGAGCUUCAGCAGCAGUGGAUGGUUUUACUGUGUGGCUCAGAAUAAAUACGGGAAUCAGAGAGCAGCUGCAGUGCCUCUCACUGUAAAUGGGAGCAGAAGUGUCGUUCUGUAUGUAGUUCUUGGAGUCACGGUUGGAUUUGGAUGUUUAUUUGUCAUCAUUGGUGUUUUAUUCAUGUGGAGAAAGAGGAGAGCUUCAGCUGAAGAUGCCAAGUCAAGUCAGGAAAAUACCUACAGCACCGUGAACUUGAGUGGUGCAACCAACAAUCCAACACCUGAUCCAAAUCUGGUCAAUCAGGAUGAUGUUCAGUAUGCAAGUAUUCAGCACCACAGUGACCCCAGGAGGGCAGGAAAUUCAGUGCAAACUGCUGACUCUGGAACUGCUGAGGAGGUUCAGUAUGCUACUGUCCAACGCCGGCAUAACCCAGUGGCGGAAAAGAGUGAAGAUGAUGAUGAUCAGUAUGCUAAUAUCAGGUUGAAAUCGCGCUGAUGCUGCCUGCAGGUUAAAGAAACCAAAAUGAUCAGAAUGUGUUUUCUGUUCCUGCAUUUGAAGAUUUGUCCGUGAUUUCCAGCGGUUGAAGCAAACAAAAUUCCAAGCUUCUGUUUGGGACAAAUGAGAACUGAACAUUUAUCCAAUUAUAGGCAACAGAAACUAAAGCUAAAGAAAGAAAACAACCAGUUGGUUGGCUCUAAAUCACCUCCAUUAUUUUAAGUGUUCUACAUUUUUUUGCAUGAUUAUUUUGUCGAGCAUUCCUCCUGAGAUGCAAAAGAAACAUCCCGGAUAAUUGUUUUAAGGACUCCAAACACUUCGCUUAACAGAACCAAACCACAUUUCUGUUUUGGAUGCAACUUCCAAGAUAACCUAGAAAAUCUGUUACCUUGGGACGUCAAUCAGGUUUUACAAAAGAUUACAACAAAUACUUGGGAAUAGACGUUCUUGUGUUACUGCAUCAUAGCUUUAAUGCAACUGCAAGCAUAUGACUGUACCACUUAAAGAUUAACAUAUCUUCUCUUAAACGGGUAUAACUUACAGAAAACUUUCUUAAUCGAUAUAAAAUUCUAUUUUAUGUUAAAUUGUACAAGAUUUUUUCCUCUCUGAAAUGCUAAGCUUUCAGUAAUGGCAGGCAGUAAGUCGAGCAAUUGACAGCAUUUACUUUUAAGAAUUUGCGCGUAGUUCGCUUUUAAUAAUGCAGAUUAUUUGUAUAUUAACUCCCUCCCAGAUUGUAAUUAACCCAUUAAUCUGAUUUAUUCACAAUUUACAAUUACACACUCUGUGUCCAAAACUAUGUGGACACCUGACCAUCACACCCAUUUGUGGUUCUUCCUCAAACUGGUACCACAAAGUUUGAAGCACACGAUUGUAUAGAAUGUCUUUGUAUGCUGUCGCAUUAAAGGUAGACUGCCUUUCAGAUUUUUCAAGCGUGGGUCAUAAAAAGAAUUUUCCGUGACACUCAAUUAUUUUUGUUUAGUGGACUGAAAGUUACUGAAUUCCAAAUCAGACUUCCAAUUUUUAGUUUUUUUAAUAGAACAAUUAAUGAAUUUAAGGCCACAUGGCCCUAAAUUCUCUGCUUUUUUUCCUGCUUCACCAUGACCCAGUUCAAGACACUACAUCACAUGGUGGGCUUUCCCCAUUCACGCAAGGCAUUGUGGGCUACAAAUUUGAAACAGGAGAGAAAAAUGGAGGACGUGAGUGUGCGAAUGAAACGUGAAAGACCAACUACAGUAACGGAAAGAAAGCAAGAAGAAAAGAUGUUAUGUUCUAUAUGAAGGAAAGGAAA